AUGCCAAAGCUCGGCCGAGGUUGGAGCAAAGGCGGCCCAGCCGGCCAGCCAAGACCUCUCGCCCUCGCCUCAGUUCCGGCCAACGAAAUUGUGAGCGUCUUUACUGCCGUGGGCUUCGCAGAGCCUGCAGCCAGUGUGCUGGUCGUGGCUAGUGGCGGCAAGGCCUCGAGCUUUCCCUCACCAUCUCCACCCCGUCAAGACAUACAUCAAAAUGAAGGCGUAGUGCUGGUCAUUCAGCAGGAGGCGUCGCCUGUCGGAAGCACGUCGGAACGUAUGGCUGCGUGGGGUCACGCUGGAAACAGCAAAGAGCAGCAUGCCUUAGAGCAGCCCAACAAUAGAACGGCGAGUCCGCAUCGCGUUGUACUCGCCAUGCCCGUUUCACGCAUUCCGACCACGAACAUGCUGCGACUCGUCAUCGGAAACACGGACGUCGCCCUUGCAUCACCAACACAAGUCCUCUUUGGAUCGCUCGUCUUGGAUAGCCAUCACCAGCAUCUCGUAUUCGGUAUUGAUAUCGCCAAGAAGCACGUCAAGAACGGUCAGCGUACCGCUCCCAAGAGCCAGGACCCCUACCUCCUGCUCCUGGUCAAGCUCUACCGCUUCCUUGCCCGCCGCACGGAUAGCCGCUUCAACAAGGCUGUCCUCCGCCGCCUGUAUAUGUCCAAGAUCAACCAGCCCCCUGUGUCGGUCUCGCGCGUCAUCUACCUGACCAAGUCGCAGGGUGGCGUUGCCGCCUCGGCUUCCGAGACCCCCAAGACCGUCGUUGUUGUCGGCACCAUCACCGACGACAACCGUGUUCUUGAGCUGCCCAAGCUCUCGGUUGCUGCCCUCCGCUUCACCAACACCGCUCGUGCCCGCAUUGAGGCUGCCGGCGGUGAGUGCCUCACCCUCGACCAGCUCGCCACCCGUGCGCCCACUGGCUCCAACACCGUGCUCAUCCGCGGCCAGAAGAACGCCCGCGAGGCCGUCAAGCACUUCGGCUUCGGCCCGCACAAGAACAAGAAGCCCUACAUCCGCGCCAAGGGCCGCAAGUUCGAGAAGGCCCGUGGUCGUCGUGCCUCGCGUGGCUUCAAGGUGUAA